AUUAGUUGCGCAUUGCGCCUUAUAUGGAACGGUUAUCCAGAAUUUCCCGAAUGCUUAUCAAAAGUAUUGCCUUGCUGCUGUUGUUCCACAGAGCGGUGCUAGCUGUUAGCACCGCUUGUCCCUUGGAGCAGUCCUGUGGCAAGGCAAACGACAGCAGCGCCAUCUGCCGUCUGGAUGAGCAAACAAUGUGCAUACGAAAAUACGCAUCGAAAUGCCAUAUGGAUAUCGCAGCCUGUCGCGAGGGAGCGAACUACACCGACUUCAGUGACGUUUACUGCCAGAUGGAGACAUAUUUGUGCGAGGAGACGGCAACAUAUGAGCGCUGGACCAUAUUCUUCGGGCACUCCAAAGAUUAAUACCAGUUCUGCAAUAUAUAUAAAGAGACGACAAUAACUUUCAGUAUUAUGGGAAAUAUAUAAAAUUAAUGAUGUCUGGCCAAAGCGCCGAUCAAUGGGCAAUGGCAGACAACGCUUU